GUGCCGCGCUCGGGAGCCGCCAGGACCCUUCCAGGACUGGGAGCUCCGGCCCGGACCCUGCCCUAGAGCCGCGCGCGCCCCAGGUUCUUGCCAACCUGCACUCUUUGGCCCACAGCAGUGCAGCUGAAGGACUCCUAGAAACCCUAGGACUUGAACUAAACCUUGAAUAAAAAGGGUUAGGGUAAGGAAGAAAGAUAUCUUGGGUGGAGAAGGAGCUUGAGCAGAGGAAAGAAUAAGCUAGUUCAUUGGUGUUUGAACGUCUGGCAAGUGCAAGUGGCAUGGAGACACCCUCAGCAUGUGUGAGGGGCUAGUCGAGAGGUAUGUGGCAGCCAUGGUGCUGAGUGCAACUGGAGAUGCCUUGGGAUAUUUCAAUGGGAAGUGGGAGUUCCUCCGGAGUGGGGAGAAGAUCCACCAGCAGCUGGCCCAGCUUGGUGGCUUGGACGCCAUCGAUGUGGAGAAGUGGAGAGUCAGUGAUGACACAGUAAUGCACCUUGCCACAGCAGAAGCUCUCUCAGAAGCCGGGAAAAUCUCAGACUUGGACCAACUGUAUUCCCUCCUUGCUAAGAAUUACCAAAACUGCAUGGAAGACAUGGACGGUCGGUCACCAGGUGGUGCCUCAGUGAGUAAUGCCUUGCGGCUGGAACCUGACAAAGCUAAUGGCUGGAGGAUUCCCUUCAACAGUCACGAGGGCGGCUGUGGGGCUGCCAUGCGGGCCAUGUGCAUUGGACUCAGGUUCCCUCACCCCAGCCAGCUAGACACACUGAUGCAGGUAAGCAUCGAGAGCGGCCGAAUGACCCACCACCACCCCACAGGCUACCUGGGAGCCCUUGUGUCUGCUCUUUUUACAGCCUAUGCUGUGAAUGGCAAGCCACCCAGGCAAUGGGGAAAAGGACUGAUGGAGAUGUUGCCAGAAGCAAAAAAGUACAUUGUCCAAGCAGGCUACUUUGUGGAGGAGAAUCUUCAACACUGGUCUUACUUCCAAGACCAAUGGGAAAAAUACUUAAAACUUAGAGGGAUUUUGGAUGGCAAAUCAGCCCCUACUUUCCCCCAGCCCUUUGGUGUGAAGGAGAGGGAUCAGUUCUACAAAUCCGUGAGCUACUCAGGCCUGGGCGGCAGCAGCGGCCACGAUGCCCCCAUGAUUGCAUACGAUGCCAUCCUGGCUGCCGGAGACUCCUGGAAGCAGCUUGCCCACAGAGCCUUUUUCCACGGUGGAGACAGUGAUUCUACAGCUGUCAUUGCAGGCUGCUGGUGGGGCAUUAUGUAUGGGUUUAAAGGAGUGAGUCCCUCCAACUACGAGAAACUUGAGUACAGAAACCGACUAGAAGAGACAGCUAGGGCUUUAUAUUCUCUUGGGUCAAAGGAAGAUGCUGGAAUUGCCCAUUAGGGAAUGUGACACUCAUUUCUGUUGGUUUCUCCUCGGGUGUUGUUCCUUUUCUGUUAGAUUUCUUUCACUUUUUCCAAAGUCAAGAGGUUUAACAUUGUAUUCAGGUAUUUUUGAGAUAACUUGUCCCUUGGAUACCUAAAAUCCAGUCUUUCCAAGCUGACCUGUUUUCCCUGAAUCUAUCCCUCUUCUUAUCCCAAAGAGUCUUUAAUUUCAGGUGAUGGGGUCAGUGUCUCCCAAGUCUGAAAUCUCAUAAAUAUAUUAAAGUCUUCAUUUUCGUCAUCUCAUCUUUGGACUAA